CGUUUAGCUAAACGACAAUUACAACAACAACAACAACAAAGAAAUAAACGUAUUGCAUUAUUACCAUCCGCAGCAUUAAAUUGUCAACAAGAAAAACUGUUUCUUAAUUAUUUAUUAGGUGAUACAACAUUGGAAAUGUUCUAUAGACUUUUAUUAAGUCCAACGGAUUCUAUUGAUCAAUUACGUACAAUAGUUACCAAUGAUCAUCUUAAUUGUUUGAAAAUGCUUGGUCAACUUCUUGUUAAAUUAGCUAAUUAUUUAUUACAAUUAUUUCAACAAUUACCAACCAAAUCACUUGAUGAUGAUCAAUUUUUAACAUUUGUAAAUGAACGAACACGUUCAUUUUUACAAUUUCUUCUUCUAUUAAAUCAACAUCCAUUUCAUUUAUUAUCAUUAAAUUCUUAUCAAGCAUUAAAUGCAUUCAUUAUUCGUCAACCAACAUUAUUAUCAAAUGAACAAUUUUGUUUAAAAUUAGUUGAAAAUUUAAAACAAUCAUUACAUCGUGUGCAUUUUCCAACGACAACAACCACAACAUCAAUAACACUUAUUGAGAAUGAUAAUGAAAUAUUAAAAAAACAAUAUACACAUAACCAACAAUGUUUUAUUUAUGCUUUAUUUGAAUAUGACAGUGAAGAACAAUUUUUUUGGAAAUUUUUUUCACAAUAUAGAACUGAAUUACAAAAAUUAAUUAAAUCAUUUAUUGGAAUGUUUUUUCCAGAAACACCAACAACAACAGUUACUGACCGAUCAAUUGUUGUGGUUGAAACAAAUAUGUCCUGUUUAAAAUCUAUUCUUCAAAAUUUACUUGGAUGUCUCGAAUCUCUUGUACAACGUACACCGAAUAAAACUGAUAAUCAAAUUGAUACAUCGUUAUCAUCAAUAUAUUUAAUUAUUGAAUGGGAAGCAUUUUAUUUAUUAAUUGAUCAUGUUUUAUUUAUUGUUCGAAAAGAAUUAUUUUCAUCAUCAACAUCAACAAUAAAAUCUCAACAGAAAAUGGAACAACUCCUUAUGACAUCAACAAUGACUGAACAAUUUUUACGUACAUUAAGAUUUUUAUUACAAUUUACACCUAAUCUAAGUGAACAUAUACAUGGACAUGUAUUAAAUUUACUUUCCGUGAUGUUUUUUAUUACACAACAUGAUCCACCAUUAGCUAUACAAAUUAUUCAACGUCUUCUACAAACAUUUCAAUUAUAUCAACAACAAUCUAUUGCUGGUACAGUUACAAAUGAUUGUGAAAUUAUGCAAACACAAGCAUCGAAUGCUUUUCUAUAUUUAUGUAAAAAUUUUACUGCAAAAAUGAUUGAUUAUUAUUCAGAAUUAUUUCCAUUCUUAUGUAAACUUUAUAAAGAUGAAUUUCAAUUAACAAAAAAUUCAUUAACAAUAACUAUUGAUGAAUCAUCAUGUCCAACAUUAAAAUUACUUGAUGCAGCUCAAACAUUACUCUAUUAUAAAUUAAUACAUGAUAAUGAUCAAACACAACUUGAAGCAUUCUAUGAACUUGUUAAACCUAUUUAUGAAACAUUAGUAACAUCAUUAUCAUUCGAUUCAUUAACAUCAUUUAUUCAAUAUCUUGAUUUAUGUUCAAAUAGUACAAUUGAUAUAAAUAUAAUACAAUAUCGACGACGAAAUUUAAUGCUUGCCUUACAUUGUUUGGGUUUAUUAUUACGUUAUUCAAAACAACAACAAAAUCAAUUAAACAUUAUUUUACGUUCAAAAAUAACAACUUGUCUUCGACCUAUUUUGCUAGAUUUUAUACUUAAAGUUACACAAUUUUGUAAUCAAUUAUAUGAUCGACAAAUCAAUCCAUUCUAUGAAACAUUAAAAAUAAAUUUAACGUAUAGCGAAACAGAAAAACAAUUAUAUCUUGGAACGUAUGAAAGUAAUAAUAUGGCUAAAGCAACGAUAACAUCAACUUCUGUACCAUCGAGUCUUCCUGUUAGUUUUAUUCGGUUUCAAACAAUUUCAACGGGUAAUAAUAUUAUUGAUGAUCAACGUCUUCGUGAUUAUCUUCAUCGAUUAUUUGAUAUAUGUUAUCAAAUCAAUGGUAUGUUUUUUGCACAUGAUUCGGAUUUAUAUUAUUUAAAAUUAAAUGAUGAUAAUUAUUUUAUAACAUCAUUUUUACAAAAAAUUCUUUUUGAAAAUUUAAAUACGCUUCCAUCAUUUCGUCUUCGAAUUGUUUUAAGACAUUUUUGUCGUUCAUUUGUUGAACAUUAUUGUUCAGCAAUAACAUUAGAUAAAGAAGUAACUAAUGAAUUAUUUCUUACAUUUCUUGAUAUUUUUUUACCUUAUAUACAACAACGUUUAACAACAAUGUGGAGUAAUUUAUUAACAACAACAAUUCUAGAUUAUCAACAAGGUGAAUGUACAGAUGAAGUUAUUGAAGAAUGUGUUUGUGUUUUAUUAACACGAGAUUUUGUUGAUAUUAUAAGAUAUUUUAUAUAUAAAACAACACUUCCUGGUCAAAUAAAUUCAGCAUUAAGUGGAAAUAAUAAGAAAAAGAAUAAAACAAUGAAUGGACAUAAUCAUAGUGAAAGUAUGUGUGAGGAAACAAAUGGUAUUAGUAAUGAAACCGAUCAUAUUGAUGAAUGGGAUGAACAAGUAACUAAUAACAGUGUUUAUAAUAAAUUAUUAAAUGGUACACAAGAUAAAAUGGAGCAUAGUGAUCUUUAUAAUUACAUGGUUAAACUAUCACGACAAAGUAAGUUUCAUGUUCUGUUAAUUCUCUUUCUCGUAG